CACCUAUUUCUUUCAUUGCUGGUUUCCUUCUUUCUUAUAAUGGGAAUGUGCUAGAGUAGAGUCAGGUACAUUGCAAUCUGGUUUCUAGUUCUGUAGACAGUGUUUCAGGAGUCACUUCCUCUCCCCAUCUCUCUGCAUCCCAGUCUGGAAAAACAAGAUAAUAAGAUGGCUGCUGUGUGGUUAGCUUUGAGACACACCGGUGGAAAGCUCCUUUAGGCACAAUUAUUAUCUUUUUGUAUUACACCUCUCUCUACCUAAGUGCUCAUCCUUAUUUUCAGCUCCUCAACUAAUUCUUAGCUUCUGCUUCUCCUUCCCUUCUUCUCCUCCUCUUCUAGCAGUUACAUUUUCCAUGUAGACCUUCAGCAUAGUAUGGGUAUUACUAAUUUUGCCAUUUUGUGUAGAUUAUGUGUCAGCUACAUUCACUUUAUGUCCCUCUUCAGGGAGAACUGUAGCAGCUCUCGUGAUUGGUUCCAUUGAUUUCAUGCUGACCGAUGUCAGUAAAAGCAUGAGUGAUGGUGCAACACCUGGUUUUAGUUAUAAAAAUGUUCAGAAGACUCUUGGGAAGAUAAGAGAUGUAGAAAAAGCAACAAAUGUUCAGUUAUGAAUAGCAAUCACAGUGUCCUAUGAAACCAUGUAAAGAGCAAAUGCACUUGCUUUAAGGCAGCCUUCAUGUGUUCGUUCAUGAGGUUAUUGAAAUUGUGGUGAUAUGGAUCUAGGGCUUUUGGGAAAAGAUUUAGACAAGAACUACUUGGAGAUUAUAGUCCUAAUGUCAAGCAGAAAUCAAAUGUUAGCCAUAUCUUGACUAUGAGAAAAAGAUAUGCCCUGUCUGUGUCAAUGUGUUUCUACAUCCGCGGUCAUUUGCUAUGAACCUAUUUUUCUGAUAUUUGUCUAUACAGCCUUUGAUUUUGAAGAAUCUUAAUCACUUUUAGUGAAGGAGCAGGAAAUAGUCAGCCUCAAUGUUAAGUGUCUCAGACUAAGUGCCACAAGUGCUAUUCAGUAAGUUGUGAAGUAAAAUUGGCUCAGUCUAUAUGGCUGUAGUGAAAUAAAAUGCAGCCACCAACAUUCUGAUGUUACUUGCAGAAGCUAAAUGUUCACACUGCGACUGUGGAGAUGAUGUAGAGACUGAAGGAAAGAUGACAAAGCACACUGUAGUUUUUAUGGGUUAAAAGCCAUAAACUAUAGACCAUAUCAGACUAAACCAUAGGUCAUAAAAGUUAAGCAGCACUUCCAUCCUGCCUUAGAUGGAAGAGCGCCUCGGAUAGAUGAAGGAAUUGUUUGAAUGCUCAUCAUUUUUUGUAAACACUGAUUCAUGUUCCAGUUACGUGCCCAUUUUAUAGCUCUGUCACUGCUGAUCACUCUGAAAUCCCAUGGCAUUUGUGAAAGAACACAGCUCUGACCUCAUAAUUACAGCAACAUCUCUUAUACAUCCUGCAGUUCUUACUGGAUCCACUGGUUUUCCACAGGCUACCCAAUUCUGUAUUUAGACUUACUGUGGGCUGUUAUGUAGCUACUGUUUUCUCUGGUCAGCAGUUCAGCUGAGGGCUUCUGGAAAGAUGCAAUUCCAGUAAAGUGCUGGAUGCAGGCAAUUGCAGAUAUAUUGCUGGUGGUUUAUUUUGAUUUUAUUAUUUAGAUGAAAAAGAAUCAAGACUAGAUAUAGGAUUAACAGAAAAAAUGCAAAGAUACCAGAAGAAACCAGAAACAAAAAAAUCCACCAAUAUUCCACUGAUGACAGAAUACCUGGAAUAUUUUCUGAAAUUGUGUUGCUAAAAUGUAUCAACAGUAAUCCAAGGUUUCUUAUGUUCUAUAAUAAAUCUAGAGUAUCUUCACUGAAAACAAUAAUUGAAUUCAUGCAAGAAUAUGAAUGAGAAAUAUGUUUCUUAUUUCUCAAAAAAAACAAAUUAUCAUUCAAUGAAAUGGAAAAAUCAUCAGAAAUGUUAGAAGUAUGAAAUUAGAAAAUGCUAUUUUCAUAUGAAACACAAUGUGCCCAGGCCAUGCAUUAUGAAGCAUAUUACAGAGUCAGGAAUUUAGCAAGAUGCAGAUGACCAUGACAAAAAUCAACCAAGUAGUAAUAAUAAUUAAUUUCUCAAAAGGUGCCUGAACAAGCAUACCUGUUUUACCCUUUAAAAGGCAAUAAGAUAACCUACAAUUAUUUGAGAGCAAAAGAGGAUAUAAUCUGGGGACAAUUUAAGUAACUGUGCUCACAAAAUAUUCUUUCAGCAGCAAUUUUUGAUGAACAGUCAAAGCGAGAGUAAUCCAGAGCAGGUGGGCAUGCAGAAUUCAUGCAGUAAUUUCGAUUAUUUUCUAUACUCAUGAUAAUGCCUGUCCAGUUGUUGGGUUUUUUUUUAUUCCAUGACCUGACCCAGUUAAAUGUUUGUGUAUCUAAUAUGCCUGGUAAGCUAUAAUUGGAACAUUUUUAAUUAUUCAUCACUCUUAACUCUUCUCUUGAGUGCAGUAAUUUGAUACGAUAUUCUGAAUACUGGAAGAGCACCUUGUUUUGAGGAACUUUCUGACAAUGUUUAAGCUUCUGUUUUUCAUAUGUGAUUUUUUUUCUAAUCCUCCAGUUUUCUGUGAAGGCUAAUAAUUGUCUUGGAAUAUUUGUCCUGUUAUGAAAAUCUGACACUAUUUCUAUCCUGCAAAAAUGAGGCAGAUUCAUUUACCUAAAUACAUACAUUUGAACACAAUGGAAAAAGCUUUUUUGUUUAAAAGUUAAAGUGUAUUUUAGGCUUAUCAUCCAUACUGUACUGUGACUAAUUAAACCUGAAGUCCUCUGUUUAUUUGCAGAACAGCUAUUAUGCAGACCAGGUAAGCCGUGACAUGUUUCCUUCCAUUAUUUUGGAAGUGUUCUCUUCAAGAUAAUCAGCAAAUAAUUUACUUUUCUGCUUAUUCAGGACAUUAUCAAACCAUUGGAGUCAGUAUCAAGAUCACAGAGACUUCAAAGAGCUCUGAACAAACAUUUAAGAAAAAUGCCACAAAAAUAUUAAGGACUAGUAAGCUGUGGUAUGUCAUAUUUGCACAUACCCAUUCCUAUAAUCUGGACUGAGGCAACCUACUUUACAAGGGACAUACUACAUGUUCUUGCUCAGCAGAAAACAUUUCAAUAGGUUGUUCAAACAAACCUAUGCUAAAAUUACUCCCUAAAGAUGCUGAAGAGAUAUUUUUAAAUUCAUGCACCAAUUAACAGGUAAAGCUCAUGCUUAUAGCUAUGAUUAUAGCCAUGGUCGCUGCUAAUGUCAGGUUAAAAAGUAAAUUAAUAUUUAAUACCACACACCAAACUAAUAAUUUUACAGAAGUGUCAUUUACCACAAGUAUGGAAUUACAUCAUCAAUUUACUUGAUCACAUUUCACCUCCUUUGUAAAAGCUGAAGUGCAAAUAUAUUUAACUCUCUCAGCUGCAUUGACUUUCUCUAACUAGUAUGCUUGACACCUAUCUGAAAUACUACUUUUUGACAUAUACUUCUCCUGGGAUUCCUAGGCCCAUGCUUAGUUUUUUUUCUGUAAUCUUAGUGAGGCCAAUGGACUAUUUAGUUUCUACUCAGGUUUCUACAUACAAGUCAAAAACACUCUGUUUUAUGUGGUAUGAGACUAUUUAAGGCUUUGCAGCAUGAUGGAUAACAGCUGAAAGCAGAUUUGCUGUAAGGUAUCCUGAAACAGUGCCACCCAGGGUUUAUGUAGGAGAUAUGCUCUUCUGCUGCAGACCUUGACAUUCCCAAGUUUAUUUCGAGCUAGUGCCGGUGCAUUUUGAGCUAGUGCCCAUAGAAAAAUCCAGGAUUAACCCUUGAACCUCACACUGCCAUUGUGAACUGAUUCCCAUGUACAAGCAGAAUGCAACCUGAAGUGGCUACAAAAUAUAAAAAAUUUUGUACAAAUACAAUGCAAACAUUAUCAAUACAUUUUUUUUUUAAAUUCCCUCUACUAAAAAGCAAGACCAAAAAAAAAAAACCCUUUUGGAGUGCUUUGUCCCCUUUUAAAAAACUUAAUUCAGUCUCUGAGAAUACCACACCUUCUGAAAAGAUGGGGGUAGACAUUAUGUCUUAGAUGUGGGAGAACAUGUAAAAAGUAGCAGAGGUGAUGUUGCUGUGUUUAUCAAGCCCCAAGUUCAAACACUAACCCCUGUGGACCAAUUUUUUUGAAGGAGCAAGACUUUUGCCUUGCACAGCACCUAUGGGUGCUGUGUUGCAGCUGCUACAAAUAGGAACCUUGGUUUCUUGCAGUGUGAAUGGAGAUACAGGGUGGUUGCAGCCUUUCUAUCAGCAUGAAGGCCGUGGGUGAGUGGGGACGUGUUCCCAGCAAGUGUGCUUGCAAGAGCUGCUUGGGGUCCAUUGCUUCCCCUUCCUUCAGCUGGCCUCCAGUGGCCUGAUUUAUAGGGGACUGUGGUUGCUGCUCUGCAAUCCUCCCUGCAGGAGGAAGAAACUGCCAGUCUCUUCUCACUAUCCCUCUUUGGUGUGUAUGCAAAACAUAUAGACACCCCUCUUCUAGUCAGUCUCACUAUCCCCAUACAAUGCCUCUGGCUCAAAGGGGCCAUAUCUCCACACCUAUUGUGCCCACUAAGUCAAAGAAGCCCUUUGUAAUAUUUCAUCUGGUUCUAGGGCAGAGCAAAGUGGGUGGCAUGUUGCAGGACUCAAUUUCUUCUUAUGAAUAACUUUGGAGUCUUCCUACCUGCCUCAGUCUAAUGUAUUAGGAAAUUCACUCCUCUUUUUCUCCUGAUGGAAGUAAUGGUUAUGGAAGUAUUACAUCUUAGCAAAAUACUUUCUUUGUACAUCUGGAUUCUGUGUCAGGCCAGAAAGAAUAUUUAUAAGAAGACAGAUGAUGGACUGAAUAUGUUCCUUCUCCCAGCCCCAUUCUCAUUCCUUGCCAUUUCCCCACCCCUCCCCCUCUGCCCCCCCCAAAAAAAGUUGCAACCCUGCAUUGAGAUUAUCCUUUGCAAAACCACAAGAUAAUUUGUGUUGGAAGGAACCCUUUAAGACCAUCUACUCCAACCCUCCUGCAAUAAGAAGGAAUAUCUUCAACCAGAUCAGGUUGUUCAGAGCUCUGUCGAACCUGACCUUGAAUGUUUGCAGGGAUGGGGCAUUCACCAUUUCUUUGAGCAACUUGUUUCAAUGUCUUUACACCCACAUCAUAAAAAAUGGUCUCUGAUUUUUUAUCUCUAAUAAAGUGAGCUUUAAUGAGCUCUAGGUGGAAUUAUCUGGAUAUCUUGUCUAUGGCAAAGCCCUGGUGUUUAUUAAGAAUACACAUAUGCAAUUGUGCAUAGAUAAAGAAAGCCUAAUUGUUUAACAAACUGAAGAUUGGGCUGCAUAUCUGUAUUUAAUAUUGAGAAUACUUGCCUAUACAGAUCUCCCCGUACCCUUAUUCUGUCAAAGUCUUACAAAACUUAGAUGUUUGUAUGUGCAAAAUUCAAGUAAAACAUUUUUUUAUUACUUCCUUCUUUGAAGGAAGCGUAACAUCUGUGACCUUAGCAAGGUUUUACAUUUGUACUCCUCCAGCAUUUCUGGUUGCCAGUGUAAAUAUGUGCCAUUAUAUUUAGAAAAUGUUGGCGUGUUUUUCAGGUGUUGUGACAGCUAUUUCUACAAAUGCUUUAAUGGAACAGUUGCGUUUAAAAUACCAACAAAGGCCAUGGACUGAAACUCUGAAACUUGUUUAUUUUUGCAUGGAUAACUCACUUCGAAAGCCUGUCAGUAAUGCUCCAGAUGGUCUCCUGCUUUCUUGCAUGGAGAAGAUAGAAAGGACAUUAAAUGCUAAAUCCAUGUUUUCUGUGAUGAGCACAUUGGAACUUUUAUCCAGACAAAAAGGACUUACUGUUCAUGUUAGCCCCAAUGGGACUGCCUGCUACAUAACAUCAAUGAUGUUUUAUGUAGAAAUUCAAUUGGAGAAGGAUGGAGAUGUGAUGGAUGUAAAGUUGGCUCACUUUGAAGAAGCUCCUGUGGUUUGUGAUGACUUGGUCCAGCUUCUAAGGAUGAAGAACUAUGAUGCCUUUGGCAAGAUUCUAGAAGACCUGUCAAAUAUGUAUCAAAUUCCAGGAAACAGUGAAAUGAAAGCUAAGGGAUAUCUUGCUUUGCAGGCCCUUGAAAAAGACCUUUAUUCAAUGUCUCUUCUAGACAGAACACAGGAUCUAAACAGAGUUACUGAAGUACUUAAUGGAACAGUAGGACAUCUGGUGCCAAGAACUGGAGGAACUCCAAUGAACAUUGAAUUUUACAUUUCUCCCUAUCAAGUUUUGGAAGCAGAACUAAAUCAUGGUUCUCAGGUAUGUGGAACUAAAACAGUUGUAACUGUUGAAGGCACGGAUACACUCCACAAACUGCCUCUGUCUCCAUUAGUUGUAGAUCCUCAGGAUGGAGAGAACAACAGCCCUGCUUUUUUGCAACUGACUGAUGAACUCAGCAUGGAUUUGCCAGCUUUUUUUGUUCUGAAGUUUCAUCAGCCUGUUCCAAUGUCUUCAUCCAGUAUUGAAGAGAUACAGAGGCUCACAGGCAUGUUAUAAUUGCUUUUUAAGACUAAGUAUCUCUGUGACUAUGCAUUGCUUAUUUGCUUUUACUUCCCUGUGUUAAUGUUGUAAGAAGUUGCUUCUGAGGCAGAACAUAUUCUGUUCUACCAGUCCAAGUGUAACAUUUAACCACCAGUGCAAAACACAAAGGUCUAAGAAAGAUACGACAAUUACAGGCAAAGUUAAACACUCUAUCUCAAAAAAUAGGGGAAUAAGAAAGAAAAUCAGUAUUUUUGUCUUUUCAAAACAUUUAGUUUGUUUUUAAUAGUAGCUUUCAUAACCUACUGUCAUAACCUAAUUGCUAAUAAAAAUAAUGACCUGAUUUCAGGAAUUCAGAUUUCUUGCUUGAAACAAGCUCCACUGUAUGAGCUAAUUGUUCAGUCUACUCUUAAAGAAAAAUGCAGUGAAGACUUGUCUACAAAUGAAUACUGCUUCUUUGUGUCUCUUCCAGAUUGCCCAAAGCACUGUUACUUCAUAAACAAGGGUUCAGCGAAAUCAGAUUUAGCAGGAGCCUUGGUCAGUAAAGUCCCGUUUAGCCAUCCAAAGUGUGUGCCUGGUGUAAUAGAGAUUCUUCGACAUCAAAUGGCAUAUAACACUCUCAUUGGCAGCUGUGUCUCUGAAAAGCAUAUAAAUGAAGAUUAUUCAGAACUGCUUUACUUUGAAGUGGUACCACACAAGAACACCAGCUUUUCUGUCUUUUUCCUUCAUCCUGUGAAAGAGAAUUUAGCCUGUGUGGUAAUAGAUGUUAUAACCUCUAGAGAAGUCCAAUGUCACCUUCAUUUAAAUCCUGAAGAUCCAACUCUAAAUUCUAGUGAUGACUUCAUAGCGAGAGUUGUGAAACGUUGCAUGUCAGUCCCAGUUGUCAUGAGAGCUGUUUUCAGGAACGCUGCCAAGGUGAAAGCUGACAGUGAAACACAAGACAUGGACACAG